AUGGCGGAUCAAAAUAAACAAGGACCUCCGCCAUACAGUGCAACAGAAGGAAAUAGUUACGCACCUCCGCCAAAUCAAAGGUUUACUCAUCCUCAACAACACGGUUAUGGUUCACCACCACAACAAGGGUUCAAUCAACCACCACCACCACAGGGCUAUGCUCAACCUCAACAAGGCUAUGCUCAUCCACCACAAGGCUAUCCUAAUCCACCUCAAGGUUAUGGAUCACCACAAUAUGGACCUGGUCCUGGAUACUAUGGACAUCAACAGAUAACCCAAGUCAUUCUAUGUGUACUUGAAAUGUCUUAUAGAUAG